AUGGAACAGUCAACAUCAGAAAUCUUAAGAAGACACAUCUCUGUAAUUCUUCCCUACUCUCGUGAAGAAUUAAUUGAUAAGAUACGAGGAUGUAUUUUUGGUCAAGCAAUUGGAGAUGCUAUAGGAAUUCGGACUGAGUGUAAAUCUUCUGAGUGAGCUGCUUCUAAAUGGGAAAACCAGCCCUUAACUCUAUUAAAUUGGGUUCCAAAAAAAUCCUACUUUCCUGAAGGAGAUUGAAGCGAUGAUACUGACCAGCUAUGCAGUAAUAGUAUGAAUAUGCAUAAAAAAUAGACUUUGGCCGUAUUCAUCUUAUUAUGCAUAGUUGCUAUCAUCAAUUCCUACUUAGACUCCAACGGAUUCAGCACUCUUGAUUUUGCUGCAAAAAUAAGGGAUUGGAAACGUCAUGGGUUUCCUGAGCUCGGCGACAAAAGAGGCUUGGGGAUAGGAAAGACUGUUAAAAAGGCUAUUCUUCAUAAAUCUUUUAUCAGCAAUCCUCAUCGUGCCGCCUUAGAAGUGUGAGUAAAUGGCAGCUGCGAAAUUGCUGCAAACGGAGCUUUAAUGAGAUCUGCAAUAUUAGGCAUUAUUAAUUUUCAUGAUAUAGAUCAAGUAAUAAGACAGACUCAAAUGAUAGGAAAAUGCACACAUGCAGACCCAAGAAGCUUAGCUUCAAGCGUUGCACAAACAGUUGCCAUUGCAUUGAUGCUUCAGGGUGUCAGAAAUAUUGAUGAAGUUAUCGGAGCAAGCUGUGAAAUUGCACAGAAUUUUUUGAAAUCUUAUAGAGAAGGGCUUGAUCGAGAAGUACAUGCGACUUGUAGCCCUGAAAUAAGCCAAGAAUAUGAUAAAAAUAGAAUGAGAGUCAGAAAAUUAUUUAAGAGAAGCUUUUUAAGAAAGUAUAUGCAUAUUGGACUAGAUGAAAUGAGACCAAUUGACGGGAAAAAUAUGGGUUAUGUAUACUUUGCGCUUGGAUGCGGGUUUUAUGGGAUUAGACAAAAUAAUUAUGAAGAGAUGAUUAGAAGCAUUAUUAUAGAAGGUGGGGAUGCCGACACAAAUGCUGCAAUUGCAGGAGCACUACUUGGCUGCAAAUUAGGAUUUUCGAGGCUGCCAUCAAGAUUUGUUCAAGAAUUAAGAUAUAGAGAUUGGCUCGAAACUAAGCUGAACAGAGUUAUUGAUAAAAUACUAUCAUAA